AUGCGGCUGCUGUUGUUAGCGUCUCUCUUCUUCGCCUCAACACAAGCAGAUUGUGAUGCUAAUGGAUUGGACGCUGUACGUGCUUGCUACAAGGAUUUCCUCGGAUUUUACGGCCUCGAUUCUGGAGCUCUAUUGCCUCCAUUUCCCACGUUCACCUUGGUUCGAGAUGAAACUUUGAGGAAAUCGGGGGUCGACUAUUUGCGGAAGGUUUGCGAAAAUGCUGCUCAAUUGUAUCAAUGCACAACGCCAUUUGCAACUCCACUCUACAGUUGCCUGAUGAACAUGACAUUGGACAGCAGUGGUUUACGCUUUUUGUACGCGCACGAUCAAGCAUCAGGACAAUAUCAGUGCACGGACGGAUAUCCAACCUGGGUAAAGGAUUUUGAUUGUAUCGCCAAAGUGAAGUAUGAGUAUUUGAACGAGCUGGCGCAAUGCUAUGCUUUAUACUGGAUUGAAUUGGUUGAAAGCGCCGAUUUCUGCACUCCAUACGCCGACCCAGCUGGCGCCUACAACAGUUAUAUGGCGUGUAAAGCUCCAUAUUACCAAAAGGGAUGCAACGGCGAUCCCAAUGCGGCCGCCUUCAGUUGUGCAUCGGAUCGAGCUGCCUUUUUGUCCGACCCAGAUGGACAGAUAUGUGAGCAAAAAGGCCUGCUCCAUCAAUGCCCACCAUAUCGA